AGCAGGAGAGCAAAUACGGUUUUGCCCCUGCUUAGUGGGAGGCCUUUGCUCUUUAAUGCCAAUAUUUUUGCGACUACAGAAAAGAUAAACCCUUUUUCGUUAUUAGUUUGUUCUGUGCUAGGUGGAAGAUAUCAAAUAGUGAAACAGCUAUAUUUUUAAAGCAAGAUUUUCAGUAUUUGUGUGAUACUUAGGAGUUUCAGGGUGGCACCUGAGGAAUACCCAAGUAAUAAAACUAAUACUUGUUGUGGUGGGGAUUUUUCCUUCAUCAGCUACCAUGGAGAAUAAUGAAAGUAAUGCGAAGGAUGCGAAGAGCACUUCUGAUGAAGAUGAGAGUGGAGGCAUAGUUCAACACAAAACUCAGGAAGAAAUUCUCUUUCAUGAGGAAACCAUUGAUCUUGGUGGAGAUGAAUUUGAGUCUGAAGGGAAUGAAACUGUAUCAGAAGAUUCAAAUAAUUUUGUAGAUAAACUUAAUGAUCAAAUGAUGGAGAGUGUAAUUAUUUCAGAUUCUCCAAACAACAGUGAAGAUGACACAGGUGAACUUGGUUGUUUGCAAGAGAUCGUAGAACAAAUGGAAGCUAAAGAUAAUCAAAAACCACAAGCAGAAGUGGAUAAAGAGUUUUUAAGUAAUGAGAGUGAAACUGAACAUGAAGAAACACCCAAAGACAUUUCUGAGAUUGGAACAGAUGAUCAGGCAUCUCUAAAGGAAGAAUCCAUUCAGGAAGCAGUGAAGGAGGAACCUCAGUUGGGACACAACACUCCUGUUGAAACAAAACCAAAUAAUAUUCAUGAAAGCAAACCUGAAGACCGGAUAUCUUCACCCACUACUAGCAAACCGUCUCCCAAGGCUGAGCCUAUUCCUGUGUGUACCAUCUUCAGUCAAGCAAACAAUGCAAAUACCCAGCCACAGUUGUUCCUACCUGAUGGGUUUCAGCCUCAGAUGGUUAAAUCUCCCAGUUUUAGUAGUAUAAUUGAGACUCCAGUGAAGUCUAAUCCACAGGUGGUUCAACCAAGUCCUAGUCUAAGCAAGUUCUUUGGCGAUACUGUUAACACUAAUACUUUAGCUUCUGAUUUUUUUGAUUCGUUUACCACAUCCAAUUUUAUUUCUGUUAGUAACCCCAAUGCAAGCUCUUCUGUUCCAGAACAGAUGUCCUCUCUUUCUAAUGGUGGAGACAGUUCUUGUGCUUCAUCGAAACCUACUUUCUCUGCGGAAAAUGGGAGACGUGAGGCAGGCGGUCCUCCAUCAUCUCUGGAAAUAACUCAAUCCCCUAAGCCCUUCUCACAAAUCCAAGCUGUUUUUUCUGGGAGUGAUGACCCAUUUGCCACAGCCUUAAAUAUGAGUGAACUAGACAGAAGAAAUGAUGCUUGGCUUCCUAGUGAGGAAACCAGGAAUGUUCUAAUUUCAGUUGCCACACAACAAUACAGCACUGUGUUCAUAGAUAAAGAGAAUCUCACCAUGCCUGGAUUAAAAUUUGAUAAUAUCCAGGGAGAUGCAGUAAAAGACUUAAUGCUUCGCUUCUUGGGGGAACAAGCUGCGGUGAAGAGACAAGUUUUAAACGCCAACUCUGUAGAACAGUCAUUUGUAGGCUUGAAACAGCUAAUUAGCAGUAAAAACUGGAGAGCAGCAGUUGACUUGUGUGGGCGGCUUCUAACUGCACAUGGUCAAGGCUAUAAAAAAAGUGGACUACCUACUAAUCAUACAACAGAUUCUUUACAGCUGUGGUUUGUGAGACUAGCACUGCUGGUAAAACUGAAUCUAUUCCAAAAUGCAGAAAUGGAAUUUGAACCGUUUGGAAAUUUAGACCAGCCUGAUCUUUAUUAUGAAUAUUACCCUCAUGUAUACCCUGGACGAAAAGGUUCUAUGGUUCCUUUCUCCAUGCGGAUUUUACAUGCUGAACUUCCUCAGUACCUAGGUAAUCCUCAGGAAUCACUUGAUAGACUGCAUAGCAUGAAGAUAAUCUGCGCCAAGAUAUUAGAAAAUUUGGAACAAGGCUUAGCUGAAGACGGAAGUAUGACUAACAUUACACAGGAGAACAGACAAGCCUCUGUUCAGCUGUGGAGGUCACGUCUGGGCCGGGUGAUGUACUCCAUGGCAAACUGUCUGCUAAUGAUGAAGGACUACGUGCUUGCUGUAGAUGCUUAUCACACCGUCAUCAAAUAUUACCCACAGCAAGAGCCUCAGCUGUUGAGUGGAAUUGGAAGGAUUUUCCUUCAGAUUGGAGACAUAAAAACUGCAGAAAAAUACUUUCAAGACGUUGAGAAAGUGACUCACAAAUUGGAUGGACUACAGAGCCAAAUUAUGGUUUUAAUGAACAGAGCAUUUCUCCACCUUGGUCAGAAUAAUUUUGCAGAAGCUCAUCGAUUUUUCACAGAAAUUUUAAGGAUCGACUCAUCGAAUGCUGUGGCUAAUAACAAUGCUGCUGUUUGUCUUCUUUAUCUGGGAAAACUGAAGGAUUCCCUCCGGCAGUUGGAAGGAAUGGUUCUCUUCAACUUGACAACUAUGUACGAACUGGAGUCAUCUCGCAGUAUGCAGAAGAAGCAAGCCCUUCUAGAGGCUGUAGCUGUCAAAGAGGGCGAUAGCUUUAAUACUCAGUGUCUCAAGUUAGGAUAGAUCAUUUCCAAGUAAUCUUUUCCAGCAAGGCUGAUUUUUUUAAAGUGUAUAUACUCUUGCUAAUGUGUAAAUGUGAAAU